CGGUGGCCUAGCCCUGCGCUCGCAACCUGGAGGUGCUGGCGUUUGUGCCGCGCCCCCGAGGUAGCCUGCUGUGGCGACAGGACAGGCUUACGGGAUCGGAAUGCCUGGGCUGUCCACCUUCUCCGAACGGUGGCGUCCGGAGCAGAGCUCGCCACACUCCGACGCAGGCUUCGUGCUGGGGCUGGACGUGGGCAGCUCGGUGAUCCGCUGCCACGUCUAUGACCGCGCGGGGAGGAUCCGCGGCUCCAGCGCCCAGAAGGUAGAGAAUCUUUAUCCUCAAAUUGGCUGGGUUGAAAUUGAUCCUGAUGUUCUUUGGCUUCAAUUUGUUGCUGUAAUAAAAGAAUCUGUCAAAGCUGCAGGAGCUGAGAUGAAUCAAAUUGUUGGCCUUGGCAUUUCAACACAGAGAGCGACUUUUAUUACAUGGAACAAGAAAACGGGAAAUCAUUUUCAUAACUUCAUUAGUUGGCAAGAUCUAAGAGCUAUUGAACUCGUAAAAUCUUGGAAUAGUUCCCUUAUAAUGAAGCUAAUACACAGUUCCUGCCGAAUGCUUCACUUUUUCACUAGAAGUAAACGAUUUUUAGCAGCCAGUUUGUUCACUUUCACGACCCAGCAUGUUUGUUUGAGAUUGGCCUGGAUUUUACAGAACAUGGCUGAGGUGCAAAAAGCAAUUGAAGAAGAAAAUUGCUGCUUUGGGACUGUUGAUACCUGGUUGUUACAUAAACUCACAAAAGGUUCUGAAUUUGCUACAGACUUUUCAAAUGCAAGUACCACUGGACUUUUUGACCCAUAUGAGAUGUGUUGGAGUGGCCCAAUUACUUCUUUGCUCUCAAUACCGCUUUCUCUCCUGCCUCCUGUGAGGGAUACAAGCUUCAAUUUUGGAUCAGUGGAUGAAGAGAUAUUUGGUGUGCCCAUACCAAUAAUGGCCUUGGUUGCCGACCAGCAAUCAGCCAUGUUUGGGGAGUGCUGUUUCCAGACAGGUGAUGUGAAGUUGACCAUGGGAACUGGGACAUUUUUGGAUAUUAAUACUGGAAAUAGCCCUCAACAGAACAUUGGAGGUUUUUAUCCAUUAAUUGGGUGGAAGAUUGGUCAAGAGGUUGUAUGCUUAGCUGAAGGAAAUGCAGGAGACACUGGUACUGCCAUAAAAUGGGCUCAACAACUGGAUCUUUUCACGGAUGCUGCUGAGACUGAAAAAAUGGCCAAAAGUUUGGAGGAUUCUGAAGGAGUUUAUUUUGUUCCAUCUUUUAGUGGAUUGCAGGUUCCAUUAAAUGACCCCUGUGCGUGUGCCUCUUUCAUGGGUUUGAAGCCUUCCACUAGUAAAUACCAUCUUGUACGAGCAAUAUUGGAGUCUAUAGCUUUCAGAAACAAACAGUUGUAUGAGAUGAUGCAGAAAGAGAUUCGCAUUCCAGUAACAAAAAUUCGGGCAGAUGGAGGAGUUUGUAAGAACGGUUUUGUAAUGCAGAUGACUUCAGACCUGAUUAAUGAGGAUAUAGACAGGCCCGUCCACCUUGACAUGUCGUGCCGAGGUGCAGCUUUUCUCGCUGGCCUUGCUGUUGGGUUUUGGACUGACAAGGAAGAACUAAAGCAACUGAGGCAAAGUGAAAUGGUUUUCAAGCCACAGAAGAAAUGGCAAGAAUACGAGACAAGCAUGGAAAACUGGGUCAGAGCAGUGAAGCGCUCCAUGCACUGGUACAGCAAGGCGUAGCCCACGCCCCUGGGACAGAGCUCAGGGACGCCAGCACCGUGAAGGCUGAGAGGGAUUUAAAAUGAGCUUUGCAGCCUGAGAGUGAAAGCAUUGCUUUUUUGGAAACAACAACAACAACAAACAAACAAAAAUUUUAAAACUCUCAUUUUUUUAAACCCAAACUUUGAAAGAUUACAUGGCAGCAAUACCUCAAAACUUUCUAACUCCUGUUUUGUAGCAAAUUGGAAUUAUUAGGAUAUUAGCCAUUUGCAACUAUAUUUCGACAGAUAUGGGCCUUCCUUUUUAAAAAAAUACUAGGUCAGUGAUACAAAGGAAUAUAAUUGUUUACUCUCCAAAUCAGUAGUCCUGGGUCAGAGCCACGGAGCCAGAGAUGCACAGAGAGGGGCAGAGACACCUCUGUUUUCCAACUGUCUUGACAGAAGGAAUGUUGAGGAGUAAGAGUUGUGAGAAACUUCAGGCCAAGAGUAAAAUUGCCAUAAGGCAGUUAAUCACCUUCCAACAUGUUCUCAGGUUAUUUGGCCGGCCUUGCAUUUGAGCUAGGUUUCUUUUAGAUGGGAGGCAGUGAUGAGUGUACUUCCCAGUUGGUCAGGUUUUAUCACAUAAAGUCCUACAGCUAGCUCUUAAAUAAUAAUGUAAUUAAGGAAGUGACCAUUACAGGGGAUUUUUUUUCCUGUAUGACCUGGGAAAAACACCCCCUCCAAAAAAACCCAAACAAGAUGGAGAAAGAACAAAUAAGUUGGUAGAACUGUGAUUUAGUGUGUCUUGAUCACUACCUGAAAACAAGAAUUUUCCAAUUUUAUUUGUAUUUUCCUCAGUGAAAUGAUAUAUUGUCACAUUAAAAAAAUUUUAAUUGCAGUUGACAUGUAAUAUGAUACUAGUCUCACAUGUACAGCAUAGUGAUUAGACAUUUCUAUAACUUACUAAAUGAUCGCCCUGAUUAGUCUAGAACCACACAUACUAUUAUAAUACUAUUGACUGUAGUCAGUACUAUUGACCAUGCUGUACUUUACAUCCCUGUGACUAUUUUGUAACUGCCAAUUUGUACUUCUAUAUCCCUUCCCUUUUUAACCCAUUCCCCCAACAACAUCUCACCCAUCUGGCAACCAUCAAAAUGUCCUCUGUAUUCUUGAGUUUGUUUCUGUUUUGUUGGUUUGUUUUGUUUUUUUAGAUUCCAUGUAUAAGUGAAGUCAUAUGUUAUUUGUCUUUCUCUGACGUAUUUCACUCAGCAUAAUAACCUCUAGGUCCAUCCAUGUUGUUGCAAGUGGUAAGAUUUCCUCCUUUGUUAUGGCCAGUAGGAUUCCAUGGUGUACUCAGAUGAACCACAUCUCCUUUAUCCAACCAUCUAACAAUGGGCAGUCGGGCUGCUCCCAUACCUUGUAUUGUAGAUAACACUGCGAUGAACAUGGGGAUGUUUAUAUCGUUUCAAGUUAGUGUUUGGAUUUCUUUAGAGAAAUACACAGAAGUGGAUAUCCUGUCAUAUAUGUCUGUUUCAGAGACAAAUUUGACAGAAUUAGGGGUCAAAUUGUAUUUGUACCAAGUCUAUUUCACUGUACCUUAAUUGUCUUCUUAAAUGAUUGUUUUGAAGGUAUCAUUAAUGAUACCUUCAUUAAUUACUCCAUCAUUACAUCAUUCAUUAAGAUUUGGAAAUAUUUUUGUUAUGUUGGGGUGUUUUGUUUACUGUAAUAAGUCAGAUACCAUUAUGUAGGUAUCACUCUUUUUACUCUUUCUUUUUUAUGUUCUUUCUACAAAUCUCAGUGGCCAGUUACAGGCUUUAUUAAGAAAAGCAUAUGAAAACUGUUCUGUUGUUUUAUUGUUUCUUAUAGAGUCUGAUUCUCAGUGGAUAUGAUUCCAUAGGAAAUAAUUCUGUCUUUCUGUAUUAGGAUAUACUGGGUUAUAAUAUAAACACCAAAAAAGCUUUAGUUCAUCUCUUUUUUCACAUUUUUCUUCCUCAGCAUAAAUCCUUUUAAAAAAGGGGUAUUUUUUUAGAUGUGGGAAAAUAACUUUGAAUAUCUCUUAUUGGAAUUGACCAUCUCAAAAAUCAGGCUAAUUUUUGUUAGUCUAGAAGUUACUCUUUUAUUCUUAGCAUUUUGGGCUGUUUUAAUGAUACAGUUUAGUAAAUCUUUUGUCAGAUUUGACCUAAAUCAGAAAUGUGACCACAUUUGCUUUUAUUGUUGUUGAAACAGUGAUGAUCAAAAUCAUUGAGCAAAAAAAAAUUGUCCUUUCCAUUUUUCAAGUUCAUUUUCACUUGUAUGUUAAUAUUUGAAAUAUUAAAACAUUGUGUGCUAAUGUUUCCCAUCAUGUUCUACUUUACCAGGAUGGAUCUAGCAGAUAUUUCUAGGAGGUCUGUUGCUAUCUUACCAAGAUGAAUGUUCCUGUACAGUCUUUCUUAGAGUGGUAUUAAUUGCUUUUGUACUAUGGACUGCUGAUUUUUGUUUUUCUUUUAUAUCUAACAUGACAUGGUUUCUCAACCUCAGCAUUAUUGAUAUUUUGGGACAGAUAAUUCUUUGUUUUAGGGUGCUGUUUUGUGCUUUAGAGGAUAUUUUGCAGCAUCUCUGACCUCUACUCUUUAGCUACCUGUAGCAUUCCCCUGAGUUGUGAUGGUUAAAAAUGUCUCCAAACAUUGACAGAUGUACCCCUUGGAGGCAGACUCAUCCCCCAGCCCCAGUGGAGAACCACUGAUACAGACUGUUAGAAGGAAAUUGGAGAUUCAAUGACUGUAGAGUGUGUCAGUACCCCCUUUCUCUCUGCCUGAUUUUACCUUAGAAAGUGAUUGUUAGCAAAAGGAGAUGGUAGUAUAUGAAAGUAAGUAGGGUUUCCAUUCUGCUGGUCGAUGAGCUUUUUGAAAAAGAUCUGAUUGUAAUUGUCCUGCUGUUUUUAUCCACCUGCCCACACCCCCAUGCCUGCAUCCUCUGUGGUCUCACUAAGUGUGUUUAUAACUUCAAUAUGAGAUUAAUGUUGUCUGUAGAUCAUCUUUGACAUGAUCUGCCUUUUGUUUCCUCUUAGUGUUUAUGUAUUUGCAUAUGUAUGUAGAGAUAGACACUCCUAAAUACACAUACUUACAUUCACUUUUGAGUCACAGGUUUUGUGUAUUUGACUGCAGAUGGCUAACAGAUUGAAUCUUAAGAAGGUCACUUAACACUAUGGUGUUAGAGGAAAGAAACUUUAGAAAUAGCCCCUCUGCAAGGGACUUAUACUGGGGACAAGUCUUUAAUUAAAAGUAAUCUAGCCCAGGAUUUCGAAAAGAAUUUCAUAAUUCUUUCAGUGGAGAUAUAACCAGACUCUGGGGAUCUUCAAGUCUAAGUGAUUCUAGAGUCAUCCCAGAGGUGGCCUCGUAGUCUUGACAGCAUCCCCAGAGGAUUCCGAUCCCCGUGGGGAACUUAGAUCAUGUUUCUGAAUUAGAAUUAAAAGCCCCAAACACAUGAGGGAUCUCGCUGGUCCCAAAAUCAUCCUUUUUCAUAGACAAAGCCAAGUAAUCUGGUUCAAAUCAGUCAAAAUGGGUAACCCCAAAGAAGUAAAAAAGGUGAUCCAGAAUCACAUUGUUUUUUUAAGUUUUGGAACCUCAUAGCCAUAAAUGUUUGGUACCAGCAUUUAUUGUAAGUAACUGGCUCUAUUGUCACCAUAUUCCCACGGGACCCUUACACUUAGAUGAAUGCAAGAAUGAUCUUGGGAGUGGGAACGAGAGGGGCAGAAACCCUAAGAAUCAUAUUUCUGAAAUUCUCUGUUAUUUCAUUUCUGCUGUCUUUCCCCCUUUUACUACAAAUUUGGUUAAUUAAAUAUAAUGACUGUACAUAUAUCUAUUAGAAAAUAAAUGAUAUAGAUUCUAAUUUAUGUAUUUUUUAAAAUUUAUUUAAUCUUUAGAAGGGACAGAAAGGAGAGAAGGAGAGAAAUAUCAAUGUAUGGUUGCUUCUGGUGCAUCCCUUGCUGGGAACUGGCCCCUGCUGGGAACUGGCCUGCAACCCAGGCAUGUGCCCUGAUGGGGAAUCGAACCGCGAUCAUCUGGUUUGCAGGCCCACACUCAAUCCACUGAGCUACGCCAGCCAGGGCCAUAUAGAUUCUAAUUUAAAUGAGCCAUGGUAUUUUAAGAAACUGCCAAAUUGUUAUCCAGAAUGGCUAUACUAUUUCACAUUCCCACCAGCCAUGUGCAAAUGACUCAGUUUCUCCACAUCCUCACCAGCAUUUGACAUAUAAACAUAACCCUAAAAUUAACCCUAACUAUAAACCCAAACCUAAACCUAAUCCCAAAUCUAAUCCUAAGUCUACUUUAUUUCUAAUACUAACUUUAACCCUAAUUCUAACCUUAAUACUAACAACACACCUAAAACUAUACCUAAACCUAACAACCUUAACCCUAGCCCAACCCCGAACUGAAACCAACUCGAACCCUAAACCCAAACCCAACUUUAACCAUGAACCUAAACCCAAUGCUAAUCCUAACACAAAAUCCAACCACAACCCUAGCCCUAAUCAAAACCCUAAACCUCCUAAGCUAAACUCAACCCUAAAUGUAACACUAACAUCACCCAUACCUCUAACACCAAUACUCUUUAAUUUUAGCCAAAACCUGUCCCUAACCAUACCCUAAUCUUAAAUCUAAACCAAGUACUAAACCUCACUCUAAAUUUAAACCUAAAUCUAGCCUAUAACUAAUCAUAACUUAACUGUAUCCCUAACUUAACCCGGUACUUAACCCUAACCUGAACCCAAGACUUACUCUAAAUGCUAACUCUAAAACAAACCCUAAACUUUAUCUUAACCCUAAACCUCAGUAUAACCCAAAACACAAUCCUAAUGCUAACACUAAUCCGAACUCUAAUUUUAACCCUAACCAACACUCUUAACCUAACAUGUGCUAAAUUAGACCUAACUGAACUCUGAAUUUAACCCUUGCAGUAAUCCUAACCCUAACAUAAUAAACCAGCCCUAAUCUUAAUCCUAACCUUAAACGUGAACCUAACUGUAAACCUAAAUCUAACUGUAACUUGACCCAAAAGUUAAACUUAAACCCGAAGCCAAACCUUAAAUCUAACCCUAAUCCACACCCUAAAUGUAACCUUGACACUAGCAUAACCCUAAAGUGAACCCUCACCCUAAACCUAAUCCUAAUCCUAACACUGAUUUUAACUCUACUAUUAACCCUAAACCUUAACAAAACCUUAAACAUAACCCUACCCUGACCUAAGCCUGUCAUGCUGCCUCUUACCCUAAACCUAGCACUAAACUUACUUCCUGUCCUACAACUAAAACUAACCAUAACCAUAAUCCUAGACCUAAAACAAAAAUAAAAACUAACAUUAAUUUUAACUCUAACCUUAAUGUUAAAAAUAACCGUGAAGCUAAUCCUAUUCCUGACCCUAACAAUGAUCCUAAUGCUAAAACUAAACAUAACCCUAACCGUAAACUUAGCUCUAAAUAUGUUAUUUUUAAAACUAAUCCUAAUGCCAAAACCUCAAAAUAAAACUUAACACUAAUCUUGACCCUUUGCAUAAACCUAAACCUGCUUGAAAACCUCACACAUAACCUAACUUUAAGCUUAAACCUAACCCUAACCCUGACCUGAACCCUAAAAUUAAACUUCAAAUUAAACCUAAACCCAAAUUUAUUUUUUACUUUUUCAUUUCUUGAUUUUAGAGAAACAGAAGAAGGGAAAGGAGAGAUGGACAGACAUAGAUUAGUUGUUCCACUUGUGUAUGUAUUCAUUGGUUGCUUCUUGUAUGUGCCCUGACCAGAGAUCGAACCUGCAACCUUGGUGUAUCAGGAUGACACUUGAACCAACUGAGCUACCCAGCCAGGGCCCAUUUUAUUUUAAAAAAUUAUAUUAAAUAUUUUGGGGUAGCAUUGAUUAAUAAGAUUGUUUCAAGUGUACAGUUCUACAAUAUUUAAUACAUCAUCUAUAUAUUGCAUGCGUUGUGUGUUCACCACCCAGUCUCCCUCCAUCACCACGUAUUUGACUUCCUUUACCCUCUUCUGCCUCCUCUGCAUCCCUCUUCCCCUUUGGUGACCACCAUUCUGUUCUCUGUGUCUAUGAGUUUGUUUUGUUGUUUGUUUGAUUUGUUCAUUUGUUGCUUUUUGUUUUAUGUCCCACAUAUGAGUGAAAUCAUAGGGUUCCAAACCCCGUGUCUCUUUCCAUUGUGGCAUCCACCAAUGCGAGCAACAAAUGGUCGGAAGCUUUCAGGAGUUUAAGAUGGAACUUUAUUGGCCAAAGCUUUACCUGCGCAGGGGCGAACUCUUGGGAUGUCCGGAGACACGGUGCCAAGAGGCUGCAAAUGAGAGUCGUGCCUGGCGCUUACAGCCUAGGGUUUUUAUUGGGGUGAGCAAGCAAGCAAAUACAGAAGCAGAGGUAGCUGUUAGCAAUUGGCUAUCUCGAGAGAACACACAUGGCUAUGUUCUCUACUUGCAACAAUGGAUAUUUUUCUGCAAAGACAAGGUCAUGCACAAGGUGGUUAUCUUGUUCAGCACUCUUUGUACUUUCUGUACUUUCUAUCUUCCUCGCUGAAUCAGUCUGGAGCCUGCCUCGGGUUCCUCUUGGCUACUUUUAUCUAAUUCCGGGCCUGACACCAUCUGACUUAUUUUGCUCAGCAUAAUAUUCAUCCAUGUUGUUACAGAUGGCAUUAUUUCAUCUUUUCUAAUGCUUGAGUAGUAUUCUUUAUCCAGUCAUCUAGGGAAGGGCACUUUGGUUGUCUCCAUGUCUUGGCCACCAUGAAGUAUGGGUGCAUAUAUCUUUGUGAAUAGAUAUUUCCAAGUUUUGGGGGUAGAUACCCAGAAGAGGUCUUGCUGGGUCAUAUGGUAGCUCUAUUUUUAAUUAUUUGAGGCUGAGUAUACUGUCUUCCAUAGUGGCUGUACCAGUUUACAUUCCCACCAGCAGUGAACGAGAGUUCCUUUUUCUCCACAACCUCUCCAACAUUUCUUAUGACGUGUUUUAAUGAUGGCCAUUCUAACAGGUGUAAGCUGAUGUCUCAUUGUGGUUUUGAUUUGCAUUUCUCUUAAAGUUAAUGAAGUUGAACAUCAUCUCAUAUACUAUUAGCCAUAAAAUGGUAAAACUAAAAAAAAAAUAAAUAAAUUGAAUUUUUUUGUUGUUGAGUUAUAUAUUUAUAUAUAUGUGUAUAUAUAUUAAGCUUAUAUAUAAACUUUAUAUUACUUUUGUUAAUAUAAUAUUAUGUAUCAAGUAUAUAUACUUCCUAUUAAUGGAUAUAAAUUAUAUAUAUAUUUAAGUUUAAUCUUUAUUGUAUUUUUCCACUACCAUUUAGUCCCCUUAUACCACCUUCCCCACAGUGAUCCCCACACUGUUGUCCAUGUGCAUGAGUCUUUUUUCUUUUUUGCUCAGUCCCUUCACCUCCUCACUCCCCCCUGCACCAGCUGUCAUCUGCUCUCCAUCUGUGAGUCUGUCUCUAUUUUGCUUGUUCAGUUUGUUCAUUAGAUUCCACACAUGAAUGAAAUCAUACAGUGUUUUUCUUUCUCUGACUGGCUUAUUUCACUUAGCAUGAUGUUCUCCAUACCCAUCCAUACUGUUUCAAAGGGUUAAAUUUUCUUCUUGUUUAAAGCCGAGUAGAAUUCCAUUGUGUAAAUAUACCAUAGUUGUUUUAUCCACUCAUCUACUGAUGGAUACUUGGGCUGCUUCCAUAUUUUGAUGAAUGUAAAUAACACUGCAGUGAACACAGGGGUGCUUAUGUUCUUUUGAAUUAGUAUUUUAAAUUUCUUUGGAUAUAUUCCCAGAAGUGGGAUCUUUGGGUCAAAAAACAAAUUCAUUUUUAAUUUUUUGAAGUAUCUGCAUACUGCUUUCCACAGUGGCUGCAGCAGUCUGCAUCUCCACCAACAGUGCAAAAGGGUUCCCCUUUCUCCACAUCCUC